AUGGAGAAUAAUAUAACAAUUUCAAAAAUUCUUAUAAAACAUCAGGCUGAUUGCAACAUAAAAAAUAAUGUGCUCCAAACACCUCUUCACAUUGCUGUCAGUGAUGGUAAAUAUGAAAUUAUCAAACUUCUUGUUUCACAUGGAGUUGAUAGUAAUGAAAAAGAUGCUUCUAGGUGGACUGCUUAUGAAAUUGGUAAUCGGCACUUUGAUAAAAAAAUACUGCAAUUAUUAAAACCAUUGUAA